AAAGUGAAACUUCACAACAUUCAGGUUGCUGCUGUUCCUAGGCGCUCUUGGUCAGCAUGGGGAAAGUUUUUCAAGUCCUAGUUCUUGGUAUUAAGGGAGAGAAGAAAACGAUCGACGUUGCAAACUCUGAACAGGCUUUUAACAACACGACUGUUGCAACUUUCAAAGAGAAAAUCGUGGAGAAAAUUCCGGAACUCAAAGGGCAGAACUUCAAAAUGAUGUACACGGAUGUGCAGCUUGAGGACGAUGAAACUUUCUCCAAGUACCAGAUCCAGGACCGCUCUACGAUAGUGCUGAUUGUUCGCCUGCCUGGAGGAGCUGCACUCUGAGGCCAAUGGGAUAAAUAAAGAGUCUCCAGCUCUCUGGACUUUUUCUCUGGGCUUUCCUUUCCUUUUCUCUUUUCUUUUUCUCCUUCUUUAAAUUAAAUAUCGAGUAAAUGCAUUUUACAUGUAUUAUUUGCAAAUAAAUUACACAGUAAUGUGUUUUAA